CAAGGGGAUGGAGCAACUCCCCUGCGAGGAAAGGUUGCAGCAUUUGGGUGUUUUUAGUUCAGAGGAAAGCACUAGAGCUGGUGGACAUCCUGUGAAGCUGAAUGCUGGAAGAUUCAGACAGACAAAAGAAGAUGCCGAGAUCUUCACAUUUCAGUGUUGAAAUCUGAUUCUGAGGGAUGAGUUUUAAGCUGCUCUACUUUCAAGGCAACAAGGUCUCCCGUCUCUCUCUGUAAUGCAAGGAGACAUCGAUCCCGUGUCCAGGGUUUGUGGUCCGGUAGCUGUGGCUGGCUGCUCUCUUGAGGGGACUCUCUCUGUUGCACACGGGUGUGACCCAAGACUUGUUCCGUUCCUGAGAGACACCCAUUGGGUGCAACAUCUGAGGAGUUCUGCCCCAGAAGGGGCUGUUGGCUGGAGCCCCCCUUGCUCUGCCUGGGACUCGAGGGGGUCUUGGAAUGCACUUGACUUCCCUUGGUGAAUGGAGGACCACUCCCCCUGCCCUUCGCUGUCCCUGUGGCAUCUUUUGAGCUGAAGCUGUUCUAGAUGACUAUGGAUCCUCAAGCUCUUACUGGAGAGGCUGGGAGUGUGCCAGACUCUCAGAUGACCCUGAAGAAGUACUUUGUGAAGGCUCUCCAUCGACUCCAGAAAGGUCCCGGCUACACGUACCGGGAGCUGCUCGUCUGGUACUGCGACAACACGAACACCCACGGGCCAAAGCGCAUCAUCCGGGAGGGACCCAAGAAGAAAGUCAUCUGGUUCUUCCUGACUCUGCUCUUUGCCUCCCUGGUCUUUUGGCAGUGGGGGAUACUCAUCAACACAUACCUGAACUACAAGGUCACGGCCUCCCUCGCCAUUGGCUUCAAGACCAUGACCUUUCCUGCUGUCACCAUCUGCAAUGCAAGCCCGCUCAGAUAUUCCAAAGUGAAGCCCAUCUUGAAGGACCUGGAUAACCUCAUUGGUGCAGCCCUGGACCGCAUCCUGCAGCAGCCAGGCCAAGGGGGCGGCAAUGUGUCUGCCUCUGAGAACUCCAGCAAGGAGCUGAAUAUGACGCUGUGGAACCAGAUCCCCUUGGUGCUGAUAGAUGAGAGCGAUGAGGCUCACCCGGUGAUCCGCGACAUUCUGGAGAACAGCCCGGCCGGCUUGCAGGAGCUCCACAACUCCUCUUUCACCACCCCAGAUGGAAGGAGAUGCAAGCUGGCCGUGAAGCUGUGCACUGAUAACGGCUCCAAUUGCACCUACCGGAACUUCACCAGCGCAGCCCAGGCGGUGACCGAGUGGUAUGUCUUGCAGUCCACUAGCAUCUUGUCUCAAGUACCGGUGAGCAAAAGGAUCCAGAUGGGCUACAAGGCAAAGGACAUGAUCCUGGCUUGCCUGUAUGGGGCAGAACCUUGCAACCACAAGAACUUCACUCACCUGUAUCACCCAGACCAUGGCAACUGCUACAUCUUCAACUGGGGCAUGGACAAGAACCCACUCAUCUCUUCCAAUCCUGGGGCAGAGUUUGGGCUGAAGCUCAUCCUGGACAUCAGCCAAGAUGACUACAUCCCCUACCUCACCUUGACUGCUGGGGCCCGGCUGAUGUUGCACGAGCAGAAGAGUUUCCCUUUCCUGAAGGAUCAGGGCAUCUAUGCCAUGUCUGGGACAGAGACCUCCAUUGGCGUCCUGGUGGAUGAACUCAAGAGGCUCGGCUCCCCGUACAGUGACUGCACAGUGAAUGGGUCAGACAUCCAGAAUCUGUAUGAAGACUACCCUGCAUACCAGGCUGGCACAGGGCUGGCUGAGCCCUGUCCAAAUUGCACCACUGAUGGCAGCAACGAAGGCCCCACAGGAAACCAGUACAGGACAACGUAUUCCAUCCAGGCCUGCCUGCGUUCCUGCUUCCAAGCUCAAAUGGUGGAAAACUGCAAGUGUGGCCACUACUCCUUUCCUCUGCCCCAUGGGGUGAGCUAUUGCAACAAUGAAGACUUUCCAGACUGGGCGUAUUGCUAUUCCACUGUGCGUGUGAGUCUGGAACGCCGUCAGUUUUGCAUCAAGUCUUGCAAGGAGACCUGCAACAACACCCACUACAAGAUGACCAUCUCCAUGGCUGACUGGCCUUCCGAAGCUUCUGAGGACUGGAUAUUCCAUAUUUUAUCCUAUGAAAGGGACCAGUCAACUAACGUGACUCUGAACAGGAGUGGGAUCAUCAAGCUGAAUAUCUAUUUUCAAGAGUACAACUACCGAACUGUCUCUGAGUCAGCAGCAACAACUAUUGUCUGGCUUCUCUCAAAUGUCGGGGGCCAGUUUGGCUUCUGGAUGGGCGGCUCAGUGCUGUGCCUCAUUGAGUUUGGAGAGAUCCUCAUUGACUUUGUCUGGAUCACCAUCCUGAAGCUCAUUGGCUGGGGCAAGGGGUUGAAGCAGAAGCGCCCCCUGCAGGCCCCAAAGGCUGAUGCUCUACCCUCCAUUUCCGAGAGAGUAGAGGCUCACACAAACCUGGGCUUCCAAGAGGGGGAGGAGGAGGAGGAGGAGAAACCUGGGAACGAAGACUUGACCUUGGGCACAGCUGUAUCAGAACCGGGCACCCCACCUCCCAAGUAUGACUCCCUUCGCAUGUCAUGCACGGACCUUGUAGAGACAGAGAGUGACGGAGAAGCAUCUGCAGCAGAUCUGCCUAUAGCUUAAUGUCCAGCUAAGGCCAAACAAAAGCGGGAAACCUCUCUCUCCACCAUGUACCCCCACCCCUGCUCCCCACUCUUGUCUGCGGCGUUUCGCCCCCACUGGGACAGUGCAAGUUUCAUCUCCAUCAGCUCUUUGAAGUGUGGAACACUCGGGGAUCAAAUAAUUGCUGCUAAAGUAAAGCACUUUCCUCCAGACAACCUGUUUAUUCAACGUUUAUCCUGAUUUGCUUGCACAAAGCUUAUGUGGAGGUUAGACUCUCCCUGGUCUUCAGUGAGCUUUUGUUCCGAAUUGUGCAUUCAUUGUGAUUUGCUUGCUGGGUGUUUAUGAAUCUCCCCAUUAAUCAUUCACCUUUAAGUACAUUUCCCUGUCACUUUACUAACUGCCCAAAGUCUAUUUGUUUUUUGUGUUUUUUUAAAAAGUGGCUUUGUUGGGCUAAGAUGGCAGAGCAU